CCUGUUAAUUUUCCAUCAUGGCGUUGCGAGGUUUGGAGAUGUUAUUCUCAAGUCUCAGCUCUGAAAUGUGUUUUUACCUAUUAUCCUGUUCGUAACAGUAAGUGAAGACUUCGAAAAGUGUGUGGAGCCACAGUUUUCUAGUGAUGGAUCAUACCCGGUGGAUUCUUUUUGUCCCGGUUUAACUUCGUCAACUCCAAUAAGGAUAUUUUUAUAUACAUAAAGCUCUGGCAAUGUCUCUGCUCUGUGUGAGAGGCUCCGGAGCCCGCGACCCUGAUCACGGUGAGCAGUUUCAGAAAAUGGUCAAGAAGGCCAAGUUACAAGGACCCCCGUAUAAGUUCAAUGCCUAUGUGACUCUGAAGGUUCAAAAUGUAAAAAGUACAACCAUCGCAGUUCGUGGAGACCAGCCUUGCUGGGAGCAGGACUUCAUGUUUGAGAUCAGUCGCCUAGACCUUGGCUUGAUUGUGGAGGUAUGGAACAAGGGACUCUUCUGGGACACCAUGGUGGGAACUGCUUGGAUCCCCCUGAAGAGCAUCCCUCAGUCAGACGAGGAGGGCCCCGGCGAAUGGACCUUUCUUGAUUCCGAGGUGCUAAUGAAGGCAGAUGAGAUCUAUGGUACCAAGAACCCCACGGCCCAUCGCGUUCUGCUGGACUCGCACUUUGAGCUACCUUUCGAUAUACCGGAAGAUGAGGCUCGGUACUGGACUUGCAAAUUGGAACAAAUCAACACCAUGCGGAUACAUGAUGAGGACCCCCUGCAGGAUGAAGUUCAAAGAAGACCGCUACCAUCGGCUGCCUCGCAGUGCUCCCUUGAUGACCAUGACAGUGCAGUGGAUGACAGGGACAGUGACUACCGCAGUGAGACCAGCAGCAGCCUGCCCCCUCGAUACCACAGCACAGCACAGCCCAAUUCCUCCAUGCACCAGUAUCCCAUGGGGUCUCUGCUGGCUCAGCAGGCUGAAUCCCGGGAGUCAUGCACAGAAUCCAUGCAAAGCUAUGAUAUGGAUUGCAGGGAACACCAUGGCACCAGCCCUAUGGAGAGCAGCCACGCUGGCUCCUCAGGAGAUCUCAGCCAGGCCAGUUCCCAGCUCAGCGAGAUGGGUCAGGACAGCGUGCCGCUUUCGGAAGCCGAGGAGCGCCGGGAACUGGACUCUCGUCACUGCUACCACAGCACAGCUAGCUACCGGCCUGCCAACGGCCACACUGCCUGGGAGGACACGGAGGAGAUCAGGAGCAGGGAAAGCGAGAAUGGCAUUCUGCCAAAAGCCAGAGCUUCCCCAGAGCAGAUGCCAACAACCUUUGAGAAGAAGCCUGAGGAUCCAGUUGCAAGUUUUCUGGCCGGUGAGCCCCUACCGUUUUCUCCAUCAAGAUUACGCUGGCUGAGGGCCAUCAACAAAGUCCGUCUUCAGCUUCAGGAGGAAAGAGAAGAUGGCGACAAUGGGAAACUGCCGUGGAUCAAAGCGGGAGGUGGUUGUGGCCUCUUUGGGAUCGACAGCAUGCCAGACCUCCGCAAAAAGAAGCCAGUCCCUUUGGUCAGUGACCUGUCCCUGGUGCAAUCCAGGAAGGCUGGGAUCACAUCCGCCAUGGCGACUCGCUCAUCCACCAAAGAUGAGGAACUGAUGAACCAUGUGUACAAGAAGACCCUCCAGGCACUCAUUUACCCCAUAUCCUGCACCACACCUCACAACUUUGAGAUCUGGACAGCUACCACUCCCACCUACUGCUACGAGUGUGAGGGCCUGCUGUGGGGAAUCGCCAGGCAGGGGAUGCGCUGCACUGAGUGUGGGGUCAAGUGUCACGAGAAGUGCCAGGACCUGCUCAACGCUGACUGUCUGCAGAGAGCAGCGGAGAAGAGCUCCAAACAUGGGGCAGAGGACCGUACGCAGAACAUCAUCAUGGCAAUGAAGGAUCGCAUGAAAAUCCGUGAGAGGAACAAGCCUGAGAUCUUUGAAAUGAUUCGGGAUGUGUUUACCAUCAGCAAGGUCAGCCAUGCUCAGCAGAUGAAGACCAUCAAGCAGAGUGUGCUGGAUGGAACUUCAAAGUGGUCUGCAAAGAUCACUAUCACGGUUUUUUGUGCCCAAGGGCUCCAGGCAAAGGAUAAGACAGGAUCUAGUGACCCCUAUGUCACGGUCCAGGUGGGCAAGACAAAGAAAAGAACAAAGACCAUCUAUGGGAACCUUAACCCAGUAUGGGAGGAAAAGUUUCAUUUUGAGUGCCACAACUCCUCAGACCGGAUAAAGGUGCGAGUGUGGGACGAGGAUGAUGAUAUCAAGUCGCGUGUCAAGCAGCGGCUGAAGCGAGAGUCUGAUGACUUCUUAGGGCAGAGCAUCAUUGAGGUCCGCACUCUGAGCGGCGAGAUGGAUGUCUGGUACAACCUGGAGAAACGGACGGACAAGUCUGCGGUGUCCGGGGCCAUUCGGCUCCAGAUUAGCGUGGAAAUCAAAGGGGAGGAGAAGGUGGCGCCCUACCACGUCCAGUACACCUGUCUGCACGAGAACCUGUUUCAUCAUUCCACGGACGUUCUGGGCCAGGGUGUUGUCAAGAUCCCAGAUUCUAAGGGAGAUGAUGGAUGGAAGGUGUAUUUUGAUGAAGUGACUCAGGAGAUUGUGGAUGAGUUUGCAAUGCGAUAUGGGAUCGAGUCCAUCUACCAGGCUAUGACGCAUUUUGCCUGCCUGUCCUCCAAGUACAUGUGCCCGGGGGUCCCUGCAGUGAUGAGCACACUGCUGGCCAACAUCAACGCCUUCUACGCCCACACCACGGCCUCCACCAAUGUGUCUGCUAGUGACCGCUUUGCUGCUUCAAACUUCGGGAAAGAGCGAUUUGUUAAGCUUCUAGACCAGCUGCACAACUCCUUACGCAUUGACCUCUCCAUGUAUCGCAACAACUUUCCAGCCAGCAGCAAGGAACGUUUACAGGACCUGAAGUCUACUGUGGACCUCCUGACCAGCAUCACCUUCUUCAGGAUGAAGGUCCAGGAAUUACAGAGCCCCCCAAGGGCCAGUCAGGUGGUACGUGACUGUGUCAAGGCCUGUCUAAACUCCACUUAUGAGUACAUCUUCAACAACUGUCAGGAGCUCUACUUUCGCCAGUACCAGCCAGCAGGACAUGACAAAGAGCUGCCUUUGGAAGAACAGGGCCCCAGUAUCAAGAACCUGGACUUCUGGCCCAAACUCAUCACCCUGAUUGUAUCAAUCAUUGAGGAGGACAGGAGUUCCUACACUCCAGUUCUCAACCAGUUCCCUCAGGAGCUUAAUGUGGGGAAGGUUUGUGCAGAGGUCAUGUGGACACUCUUUUCCCAGGACAUGAAGUAUGCAAUGGAGGAGCACGAGAAGCACAGGCUCUGUAAGUGUGCAGAUUACAUGAACCUGCACUUCAAGGUGAAAUGGCUGUAUAAUGAGUAUGUGAAAGACCUGCCUGCCUUCAAAGGAGUCGUUCCAGAUUAUUCCGCAUGGUUCCUGCAGUUUGUUCUGCAGUGGCUAGACGAGAACGAGGACGUUUCCAUGGAGUUCAUGCAUGGAGCAUUAGAGAGAGACAGGAAAGAUGGAUUCCAGCAGACGUCAGAACAUGCCCUGUUCUCUUGUUCUGUUGUGGACAUCUUCACCCAGCUCAACCAGAGCUUUGAGAUCAUCAAAAAGCUUGAUUGUCCUGACCCCAAAGUCUUGGCUCACUACAGCCGACGCUUUGCUAAGACCAUUGCCAAAGUCCUGUUGCAGUAUUGUGCCAUUCUGACCAAGUGCUUUGCCUCCUACUGCGACAAAGAGAAAAUCCCAUGUGUGCUGUUGAACAACGUGCAGCAGCUUCGUGUCCAGUUGGAGAAGAUGUUUGAGUCCAUGGGCGCCAAACAGAUGGAUCCUGAGGCCAGUGACCUCCUGAAUGAGCUGCAGGUGAAGUUAAAUAAUGUGCUGGAUGAGCUGAGUGCGAUAUUUGGAAACAGUUUCCAGAGCCGAAUUGAUGACUGUCUGAGGCAGAUGGCUGACCUCUUGUAUCAGAUCAAGGGUCCUGUCAACUCCAACAGCCGCAACACCGUGGAGGCCGACUCUGAUAAUGUACUGCGACCUCUCAUGGACUUCCUAGAUGGGAACCUGAUGCUCUUUGCAACAGUGUGUGAAAAAACUGUUCUCAAGCGUGUACUAAAGGACCUAUGGAGGAUUGUGAUGAACAGCCUGGAGAAGACCAUCGUCCUGCCUCAGGGCAGUGACACCACAGGAGCCCAGAUGAUUCUUUCUGCCGCCAAGGAGCUGGGCAACAUCUCCAAGCUCAAGGAUCACAUGGUGUCAGGAGAGGCAAAAAGCCUCACACCUAAGCAAUGUGCUGUCAUGGACAUGGCCCUGGACACAAUAAAGCAAUAUUUCCAUGCUGGAGGAAACGGGCUGAAGAAGACCUUCCUGGAGAAGAGUCCAGAACUGUCGUCCCUGCGCUAUGCUCUCUCGCUGUACACCCAGACCACAGAUGCUCUCAUCCGGACCUUUGUUACUACGCAACACAACCAGGGCUCAGGUGUGGACAAGGCUGUGGGGGAGGUGUCCAUACAGGUGGAUCUCUUCACUCAUCCUGGCACCGGGGAGCAUAAGGUCACAGUGAAAGUUGUUGCAGCAAAUGACCUAAAGUGGCAGACGUCUGGAAUGUUCCGGCCAUUUGUCGAGGUCACUAUGAUCGGACCCCACCUCAGUGACAAAAAACGCAAGUUCACCACCAAGUCUAAGAACAACAGCUGGGCGCCAAAGUUCAAUGAAACUUUCCACUUCAUCCUGGGGAAUGAGGACGGACCCCAGUGCUAUGAGCUGCAGGUGUGCGUGAAAGAUUACUGCUUCGGACGGGCGGACCGCGUGCUGGGAAUCUCCGUGCUCCAGCUGCGCGACGUGGUCGAGCGGGGCAGCUGUGCCUGCUGGUGUCCCCUCGGCUGCAGGGUACACCUGGACGACACGGGACAGACCAUCCUGCGCAUUCUGUCCCAGCGCGCUGGUGACGAGGUGGCCAAGGAGUUUGUCAAGCUCAAGUCUGAGACACGGUCAGCUGAGGAAGGCAGAUGAACAGGGGACUGCAAGGGGGGUGGGGGCUCUGACAGGUGCCAAUCAUGAACAAUGAGCAGGUCAUUGGUCCGUAACACCAAAGGUUUGCGACAUAUACUGGUAACUGGGAAGAGAUUAACUCUUUUAACCGCUAAAGUAUUCUGCUCCUUUAAAGUGUCACAAAAAAAAUGUAAUAAAAGCAACCCUUUCGGCUACAUGCAUAAGCAGGAAGAGGAAGGUCUUUCCUGGUCUAACUUCCAGCCAUACCUGCCUACCCUGCAUUCUCUUUGGCUCACAUGAAGCCAUCAAAAAUUGCUUCCUCAAACUUCCUGUUUCAUCUGAAGCUGUGUCAUGCAUAAACACACAGUCUUGUCACUGUAGAUCUUCUAGAGUCCUCAAUGCCGUCUGCCCUCUCGUCCAGUUGCCAAUCUGCCAUCUCCUCACUCCCUAUGCUAGCCACGUGCAAUAUGCUCCCAUCAUGGAUGCCUUACCUUUACCUACAUGUGUGAAUUUGGAUGUGUGAUUGUGCCACAGAGUGUUAAGCAGUAUUGACUGUGCUCCUGGUAACACUGAGACUUUAAUUUAUCGUUAUAUCGGGAAGUCCGAUAUGCACACAUAGCCACACGUUUCACACUGAAAGAAUUUAUAUCUGCUUAUGUUUCAUAGACGCUGGGAAAACUGUAGAAUGAUACGAACAAACUUAAGUUUUUUUGGCAGUUAUCUCGGUCUGUACAUCAGACCAUUUGGCAGGUGACACAUGGCAGAGCGUCUUGUAUCGGUCAUGCCGGUAUGGUCUCAAGUGUUUGACGUUUCUCUUUUUUUUUUUGUUUAGUUUUUGGACCAGUAAAGCCAGCUUUUAUUAUCGCACUGUUUGUUCUUGGUAAGUGUCCCAGAGUCUCCCGUGCUCAGACAGCUGCUGGUUCUGGUCAGUCAGAGAUGCGUUAAGCCUAAACUGAGUGCCUUCGCUAAGGUUCUGGCUAUGUGUAGUAUUUGGUCACGCCGUUCUCACGACACCCACGCGAUCUCGCCGAGCAGCCUGGAGCAUAAAGGUGUAAUGGAGGCCUGUCCACGGGCAGCUCGCACAUGCUGCCUUCAUAGAUUCCCCACACACAGCACUCUGUAUUCAUAUGUACUUUAUCUUAAAGGUAUUGGGGCUAAAAUGGUCUUCUCAUGGUUGUGAGAAUGAUUCCCAUGCAAUCAUGCAGGGACUGAGUAGUUCCAACAUAUUUUUAUGAGUAUGUGUCAGGCGAAGUUAGGAAUAGCUGUGAAUGUUCAUUAUUAUUUAUUAAUCUAUUUAUUUAGUGGGAUUUAGCUUUUAAUGUCGUACACUGGAAAAUUGUCUCUAAACGUUUUGGUUUCUGGGUAUUGAGAUAGCAUUGAAUCUGAUUUCUGUGAAUGGGUGGCUGUGAAUUUCAUCUUGACGGAUAAAUUUCAGGCCCUGAAACAUCAUAUUUCAGUGGGAUAUAGAGGGGGAUUUAUGUUUAAAUCAGAUUUGUUAAACAUUACUAACUCUAUUAUUCGACUUGGCAUGAGAAUUAACUGUUUGGAUGGAGAGAAACCAGGCGAUUUCUGUAAUCAGGCUGUCAAUUUGAUCUGAGGAUCACUGUGUGAUCGCUUUGGUUUUCUUAUAAGGAUGCAUUUCCCAGCCUUUCAGUCACGUCCAUAUCAGUGUGUGGAGCAGUCCCGCUCACACAUUCACAAAUGUUUUUUUUUAUUUAUUCUUCAUUUCUAGUGAGUUUUUAUUUCUUUCUUACUCAGUGGCCUUAAAGUGGUGAAUACACAAGAUGCCAAGUGUUAAAUCUCUGUAUAACAAUCACACAGUAAUAUUGUGCUUUUAUGCUAUGUUGAUCAUAAAAAACUAGUGAAAAGACUAGUAGAAUGGAGAGAAAUGUACUUCAGACAGCAAUAGUAGGUGACAUUCUCAACAUGCACUUUUUCUUUGAAAUACAUGAUUCUCUGGCCGUUCGUUUAGCCACUUGGAAACUUUGCUGUUAUUUUUAUUUCUGUCACCUUUCUGUUCUUAAAGUAUAAGUGUUUGUUGUUGGCUCUUUUUGAUGAACCAUCCCUCUUCAGUCAGACUCCAAGAAAAUCUAAAGACUCUGUUGUGAUAACAUGUCUCUCACUGAAACCCAUUUGGCUGCUCACUGCGAUGCUGGCCGUGUGGCUAACAGCAUUUGUUCUUCUCCACUGCAUUUUCACACCCACAUCACCACUCUCUGAUGUGCAUUCCAACAUGGCUGUCGUCUGGAUGUCACAUGCUGGGACCCCGCAACCUUCUUGCUGGUUUGCAGGUUAUAGUUGAGGAUCUACUCUUGGGCUUUGGGUGUGGCUAGAUGGGACAGGGGUGUGGCUAAAUGUGAUUGGGGGGGGGGGGUGGCUAGAUCGGAUGGAGGUGUGGCUAGAUGGGUGGGGGAGUGGCUAGAUCGGAUGGAGGUUUGCCUAGAUGAAAUGGAGGUUUGCCUAUGUGGGAUGGGGGUAAGGCUUCUGGCCAAAUGUGAAGGUGGGAUCUGCAAUACUGUGUGCAUAAUCGGUGCCAAGCAGUGCUUUUCCUUUGUUAAUACUUUAUAUGUGAAUUCCUGCCCAUUGUCACCGUAAUGGCAUGUGUUGUAUAGCAAUCAAAGUAACUAGAUUUGGGUUGUGAAUUUUUAUGUAACAACACUGGGAAAAAUAGUAUUGAUCAUUAAAUGUAUACAUAACUAGUGAUUUUUGUAUUUAAACAAUUUAAUGAACUUUUUUCCCCAUUUAUUUUUUGCAAGAUACAGUAACUGAUCCUUGUUUUAUUCAAAUUAAAUGGCAGAUAUAAUAAACACAAUGUUUA